AGCACAUUUUUAGAUAGAAAGAGAGAUGCGACUGUAUGUUAAAUUUAAACAACGUUCUGUUAGGAGCUAAAUCCCAGAUAAACCUUUCCAACAUUUACAAAAACCAUGCUGCCUAUAAAGAACGAUACGGUUAUCAUAAAUGUCUGCCAAGUGAUGCCAAAUCUGAAUGAUUCCCAUUACUGGCGCGUCGCAUCCGACACACAGAAUGGCAGCACAUACAAUCAGGAGCAAUUAAAUCGGUCGUUUGCCUUUUACAUUUUCUCUUAUCUGGUGCUGCUCCUAUUGUGCACCGUGGGAAAUAUAUUUAAUCUGAUUAUUUUUGUCCGGGACAAACGCAGAUCAUCAGCGAACUGCUACAUGAUCGCCACCGCCAUCACUGACUUGGGAGUUUUAUGGCUGUGGUUUCCUUUGUUUUUCUGGGAAAUGAGCAGCACACUAAAUCUAUCCUAUGCAAGUAUUGGAAAUUAUGCCAUAACAUCCGGUCUGACUGGUCCCGUUACCUGGGGUCAAGAGACGUGCGCAAACCUGGCGGAUUGGAUUCUGGUGGUGUUCUCGUUAGAGCGCCUGUUAGUUCUAAACGCCCCUUUCACCUAUAAGUGGCUUCAAAGACCGAACACCGCCAAGAUCAUCAUCCUUGUGCUGGCAACAUUCUCCGCAGCAUUCGCGGUUCAUUUCUUCGUGGCCAACACCAUUUGUUUCAAACGUGACCUUUGGGCUAAACCAGAACAGAUUCCUUUCUGGUUGAUUCAAUGGAAAUCCGUACAGGAAGUGGCGCAAGGCGUGGUCAGUGCACUGGUGUUUCUUCUUGUUUUUGUCCAAAAUCUUGCCCUUGUCGUGCUCUUGACGCGGAGGAACCAAUCGGAAGUGGGAAAAAUGCGAAUGGCGCAGAGCGCUAACAGCACACACACGACAAGUGAACGAUACAGUAAUCUGCUGCUGCUCGGCAGCGCGUUUCUCUUCCUUGUAUCGAGGUUCCCCAGCUUUGUUUAUCGGACAUUAGCCUGGGCCAGCCUUUUUCACUCCGUGGAAUUCGAUGAAUCCUCACAAAUAAUGGCAGCCAACAUUGCGGAUAUCAUAUUUUUCUCCUAUUACUCUUUUAACUUUUUUAUAUAUCUGGCUACCAAUGAGCACCAUCGUACUGGAUUCAUUGACAUUUUUCGCUCGCUGAAUAAGUGGGCCAGAAACAGCAUAUCAUGAGUCAUAACAGUGCCAUAUAGUA